CAAAGGAUUGGGAUCUAACAUUUCCUUGUUAUAAGCAGGAUCUUGUAUUUACUGCGCUCUUAUUAACGAGGUUCGACCAUAUUGUGAUGAGUGAUGAGUUGUCUCUGUAUUGGUCAGGAAAACAAUUUUUGACUGCGCUUGAUUAAAUUGCGUUCAGGGUGCGCAAUGCGAGAGAUUAAAGAAUAAUACAUGUAUGUUUCUGACGUCAACAAGGUCCUUAUGAAUAACUAAUUUCCAGCCAUGCAUUCAUUUUGCGUUGGCCGACGGCAAAAGCCAGUGAAUGGGCUGCGUCAUAUGAAAACACAAACACGAUUCUUGCGUACACAAUUAAGUAUGCAAAUACUUGUACCUUUAUUUGCUCUGCGUUGGUCCCUCACUGACGUUUUUAGCGAAGAGAUCCAAUGGCAAAUCCCCAUUCUUGGACUUUUUUUCCCUUUGGUGAUCAUCAUCCAAGACUUCAAUAUGUAUACAUGUACUAUACACUGACAAACUAUCAGAAAAAAAUCCAUACAUUGAGUGUUUUGGAAACCCUUGUUGUUUUGGACUAGUUCCAAAAUCUUAUUAAUGGAGCUUGUCAUCUGUCUCAUCGUCUCUCUUACUCUUACUAGCAUUAAAAAAAGACCAAUCUACGAUUGACACAGCAUUCGUAAAAUAGUCACAUGAACAGAAUUUAAUGGAUUUCCGAUUCACAUGCGAUUUGUACAUAUAGGAAUAACAACUGUCUCGAGCAAACGCACCGCCUCAUUUUGUUGAAAACCACCCCGCGGUGUUCAUUGUGUUGGCAGUGAUGCGACCGUAUAACGCGUGCAUUUCCUAAGUCACUCAUGAACCAGCAAAGUGCAGUUCGGCCCAAAGGAGGCCCGCUGCUGAGAAAAUUGCGCCCUCUGUGGGUUCUGCUCGAGGCUCGUACGAGCGUAAAUGAUCGAUAAGGAAUUGAGAAUAAAGGUUCGGAUCUCCCUCCAGCUCUCUGGAUUCCUUUUUCAACUUUCCUAAUUUUUGGUUUGCUUGUUUUAUUCUCUGCGUUGGCUUUUUUACCCUUUCAGUGAGGCCUGUUUUUCCCUUAUCCAUAUCGUGCUAUCUGUGUUCGCCACAUGAAAUCCAAUUUGCAAACCGCCAAAGAGCGGGGCCGGCUCGUUUCGGAAUAAAUUGAACGGACUUUGGGCCGCUCGGUAUAGAGCGCAUCACCGACUUGUCGCACUGUGCAAAGGACGGGCGACACUUCCCUAAAUUGACUCCGCGAAUCUAAUAACACCGAGCCAUACGCUCAUUCGCCGCAGACCCCGUGGGGAAACAGACCUGGGGAACGAGCGCUGCGCAUGUGGUGUCGGUAACCUGAGGGUGGACGGACAGCAAACAGACAACUCGUGAACGAAUAGCGUUUUCACCUCGCUGACCGGUCAAUCUCAGAGUAUCGGAAUGCUUUCAAAUCUGCCCAGUGCCUGCCAAACUCUUCUUGUUGAAUGAGAAGACAGUCGACUGGUGAUGUCAUUGUGACGCACCCCAGCAGUGCCAGUAUUCCGUGACCAGGCCAUCGCAGUGGAUUGAGAAAGGGGUUGAAUUUGCAGAGUAUGCGCUAGAUAAACGCACUUUGAACUCAAGUCGCUGUCUUCAACCGUGGCCGUAAAGUGCUGUUUAUUUAUUUUGCCAUAUUCCGUGUGAUGUACAUCCGUACAUGUAGAACCGUCAUCAAGUGAUGAUGUCGAAGUUUCAUCUGUAAAGCAUAGAAGUGUUUUUAAUUUACAUCUAGGACACACUACAAUGCAUGUGGCCGUUGUUGGCGAAUACCUGUAGAGUGUGGAACCGCUCAUGGGGAUGCACGUGUUUUACGCUGAAGACAUUUUUAUCCAUGGCUUUGCUCGAAGAUUGAUCAGCGACAAGUGUUUCUCGAAAGGUUGACAAGACAAUUCGCCUGCUGAAUUUGGAUUUUCCGACUAUCGUGGAGUGUGUCAUUGGCCUUUUAUUUGGCGUGAGCUGGGUUGAAACGGACCUGGUGGAUGAAUUUAUUGACUAAGCUGGCGUUGGCAGAAUCAGUGACAAGAAAGAUCAGUGCUACUCAGUGGAGAUGUGCCUUUCAGACUAAGUAUCCGGGUAAUCUUGUCAUACCUGCUCCUUAGCUGCUGUUGAAUAGCAAGUAACUUCUUUGAGGAAUUGACGUUGUUAAUUACGCAGGCACUGUCAUUGAGUGUGGUCGCCAGAAAUGGCUUUCGAUGAUUUACCAUCUCUGCCUGACUACCUGAAAAACCAUACCAAUUACACGGUACUUUACGUGGACACACCGCUCACCAAGUGGGACGACGCAACAUGGAUUUUAACUAGUGCCUUCAUCAUCUUCACUAUGCAGUCUGGUUUCGGCCUCUUGGAGUCGGGCAGUGCCUCACAAAAGAAUGAGGUAAAUAUCAUGGUGAAGAACGCCGUGGAUGUGUUGUUUGGUGGCAUAUCGUACUGGAUGUUUGGAUACGGCCUCAGCUUUGGCAAGGACUCCAACAAUCCUUUUGUCGGCGUAGGCGAUUUCUUCAUGGACCGCGACAUUACGGACCCUGACUUCGGAGACAACUUUGCCAAUUUCUUCUUCCACGCGUCCUUUGCCACCACGGCUACGACCAUCGUGAGUGGCGCCAUGGCAGAACGGACCAAACUAGAGACCUACAUCGUGUUCUCAUUCCUCAACACCGUGGUCUACUGCAUCCCCGCCAACUGGAUAUGGGGAGAGCACGGCUGGCUAAAGACUAUGGGCGUAGUCGAUAUCGCUGGUGCGGGGGCGGUGCACAUGGUGGGCGGUGUCACUGGACUGGUGGCAACCUUGAUUCUUAAACCUCGCACGGGAAGGUUCGUCGAGGGGAACGACGCACCGCAGAUGGGAUCGGCCACCAACGCAAUAUUCGGACUCUUCAUGCUGUGGUGGGGCUGGCUAGGGUUUAACUGUGGCAGUACAUACGGGAUAUCGGGGAAUAAAUGGAUACUUGCCACACGAUCAGCUGUAGCAACUAUCACAGCUUCAAUAGGAGGUGGCAUGUCGGCCAUAUUCCUGAGUUACAUCACAAGAAGAAAGAAGUUUUAUGUUUCGUACGUCAUUAAUGGUAUUUUGGGGUCACUUGUGGCAAUAUCUGCCCUGUGCGCUCUAGCGCAGCCAUGGCACGGUCUGGUAAUCGGAAUGGCCGGCGCCAUCAUAGCGUGUCUGGGCUGCAAGGUCACGCAGAGACUCCGCAUCGAUGACCCGGUGGGUGUCGUGCCCGUGCACGCCCUGGCCGCUAUCUGGGGGCUGCUGGCCGUCGGCAUAUUCGGAGACGAAGACAGCCUGGGGAUCGAGAAACCUCUGAGUACCAAGAAAGGUUUGAUAGCCGGAGGCGGUUGGGAAUUACUAGGCGUCCAGGCACUAGCCUGCGUAUCCAUAGUUGCAUGGACGGCUGUGACGUCAUACAUCUGCCUUAAACUAUUGGAUAUGACCAUGGGCUUGCGUGUGCCGUUGCACGAGGAGUUGCUAGGCGCGGACAUAGUGGAACACUCCCUCAACGGCUCGUAUGACAAGAAGACGGGAGAGUGGCGCGAUCACCAUGGCAACAUCUUGGCCGUGAUUAAGAAGGGGGAAUCUCAGGACCAUUACCUGAGGGUAAUCCAUGAAGUUCACGAAGGGCUAAGGAAGGCUGAUUGCCUGUCUGCCGCAACGCCAACCAAGAAAUCGGCCUUCGGAUUCCGCCGCAGUGAUACCAGCGAGAGCGACAUACGGGCGUUCCUGCAAAUCCAGCCCAGGAAUAGCAAUUCCGAGGCGCGCCUGGAGCCAGCGACGAAUAGCCAAGAGGACGACCGACCGAAGGUGUUUAGGCGUCGGUUGCAAAACGGGAACCGGCAGCGGAACAGACUGUGGCACGGCUGGACGGUGGGUACCAGGGAAAGUGGCAGGUCACGUGAUGAUGGAGGAAUGACUGCAACGGGUUCCCAGAGAUAGAUCCGCGUCGCAUGACUGAUCAUAACCCACUUGAAUUCUUCGCAAGAGGUUUUACGAUGACAAUAUGAUCAAGACAAAUGAACUUUGUACUGAAUUGAUUUCAAAUUUAUUGUCUUUUAAAAUGUGCAGCUGCUUUUUCAAUCCAACUGACCAAUUAGAGUAAAUGUUAGGAGAAAUCCGGACAAAUAUUGAAUGUUGUUAUUUAUCAAGAUGUCGGGUUGGUAUGACUCUUUCCCUCACCUUCAACCUCUGCGACCAGGGUUCGAGUCCCACCUAGGUCAGCAUGUGGGUUUGGGUUUUACUCCCUGCCGGAUUCCGUGGGUUUCCCCUGGAAUACUUGUCCGAGUUUUUCCUCCCAACUCUAAAACCAAGCAUUUCUUCUUAAUUGUCAUUCCAUCCUGUAAUACGGGCGAUUCACAAAAGUGCGCCUCCAAGAGUUUUGCAACGCGUUGGCCAGUCACAACAAGCGAAAUUUGUCGCUCAUUUCCGAACGCGCAUGGGAUCGAUAGAUUUUCCGCAUUGUGAUUGGCCAACGAGUUGCAAACUCUUCAAGGCACAAUAUUGUGAAACUUCCUGAUUGACUACGUUGGGUUAACAGGUAUAAAUUAAUAUUUUUGGUGA